AUGAAGCCAUCAGGCACCCUUCUGCUUUUGGUCAGUGUAGCCUGUUUGUUCCUCUUUUCAGAAGCUGUGAUUCAAGGAGGUUUUCAGGCUAUUUGCAGCAGCUAUGAGAAUCAAACUACAGACAAAAAACCUUGUCCCAUGGUCCACCAACCAGUAUGUGGCACUGAUGGACAAACUUACCAGAACCGCUGUGAAUUCUGCAAAGCAGCUCUGGAAAGAAAUGGAAAGCUUGGUUUCAAACAUGAUGGGAAAUGUUGA